CUUUUCCGAAGCCUCGGAGCCUGAAAAUCGGCCUCGACUUCGGUGAUGUCAAGCGCCCAAGUGUUGGGCUGGGGUUACAGCCAACCGUCAUGCCGCUCGGCCUGCUUCAAAACGGCAUUGCGCCCGCUUCCCUCCAGGCAUCCUUCGUCCAUUUCUCCCUGCUUCCGUGCAUUGUACAUCUCCGCCAUUUAAUUGCUUCUGACUGCUGUUUCGCAUUGCCCUUGUCUCUCCCCUGUUCAUCCGUCCUACUACUUGAACACCUUCUGCCCCUGGGCUGCUCUUUCCCACUCAACUUCUCAGAGCUGCGAAAUCUUCACUGGAUCCAUCCAUCACCAUCACCAUGUUGACGUAUGACAAGACUCCCAGCCUUUAUGGCUCGCAGCCUACUGCAAACACCAUGGCCCCCACUAUGCCUACCGCCAAUGGUGUGCAAGCUCCGCCGCACCACCGCCAUAUCUGGAUUGUCACCGGACCGGCUGGCUGCGGAAAGAGCACCGUCGCAAAAUACCUUGCUGGUAAAAUGAAGGCUCCUUACAUCGAGGGCGACGAGUUCCAUCCCAAGACAAACAUAGAAAAAAUGGCCGCCGGUAUUCCCCUCACGGAUGCGGAUAGGUGGGACUGGCUCAUCCUUCUCCGCGACCAAGCUGUUACCGAACUCGAAGCCGGUGCAGCCGGUGUCGUCGUGACCUGCAGUGCGCUGAAGAAAAAGUACCGCGAUGUUAUCCGCGUUGCUUCGUACAACGAUGCAAACGUACUUGUCCACUUCAUUUACCUCAAGGCGUCCGAGGAGCUGCUCCUCAAUAGGGUGCGCGCUCGUCCCGGUCAUUACAUGAAGGACAACAUGGUGCGCAGUCAGUUUGAGAGUCUGGAAGAGCCAAAUUCAGAAGAAAAGGACAAAGACGUUCUCUGCAUCGACGUCAGCGGAACCAUGGCCGAGGUGCAGGACUUGUCGCUCGGCGUUGUGCAAGAAGUUCUGAGGAGGGACAGAGCCCCGUCUGCUGCAUGAUGCCCGCGCAUCUUCCUUUACAUUUUCUUUCCUCGAAAACGAUUUUUGCAAGCAUGUUUUAGCGUUUGGUACGGCGCAUAGAGAAGCCAUCACUGGGAAUACCAAAAAGAGGCGCGUACAAAGAGGUGUCGGAGUUUGAUGCACGCUGGGUUUGGGUAUUCUGCGGCGUUUUGAAUUGGUCUCUUCACAUUCUAUAUACCUAGGCAGAUUAUGCUCAAUUCAAC